GCAGCAGACAUGAAUAUGUUCCGACAAGAAAAUUGCGCCCGGCGUCUCUCUGAUGAGCUGAUGACCCGACGACCAGGCAUGUAAUCGUUACGACUAGAGGCCUUCGCUUUAAUUUCUAUUAUAUAUCUCGAUACCACUAUAAGAACGGCAUAAUCAUUUCUCAUUCUCAGCACUCUCUAAUCGAUAAUGAACGAUGAGGACCCAGGCCCGGAGGCAAAAGAGAUAAGACGUACUUCAAAAGAUCUCGAAAGAUGUGUUGACGAAAGAAGCCCUCCAGCUAUAUCAGUACCUUCAGAUAGCCCCAACACGCCAGCAGACCAGUCUCAUAAACCUACCUGGAAAGCCGUCAAGCAAUGGAACUCCAGAUUUGAGGCCUUGACAGGCCUGGAAUCUCGAGGCAUCGCUCGAGUUACGCUAUCCGAACGGCAACCGGUGGCUACGACCUCGUAUUUCAUCCUUGACGUCAUUCUACUCUGGGUUAGUUGCGACUUGACCGCAAAUACUGUCGUACUCUCCAUGCUAGGACCGUUGGUCUUUGACCUGAGUCUGAAAGAUGCUGCAUUAUGUGCCGUCUUUGGAGCCCUGAUUGGCAGCCUUGGGCCAGCGUAUAUCUGCACAUGGGGACCACGGAGCGGUAAUAGAACCAUGAUAAUUGCUAGAUACUUCAUGGGCUACUACCCAAGCAAGUUAUGCUGUGUACUUAGUCUGGUUAUCAUGCUUGGAUACGGCACCAUUAAUUGCAUAAUCACUGGCCAGCUUCUCUCCGCUGUACAAGGCGGCGGUAUGUCUCUCAUAGUUGGGAUUGUCAUUGUUUCCAUCAUUGCACUCAUAGUCGCUGUAACUGGCAUGAAAGCGUUCCACGCUUACGAGCGUUAUGCUUGGUUUCCACAAGUCCUAGUUCUUUUCGUUCUCAUCGGAAGCGCUGGAUCCAACUUCGACACCGUUGCGCCUUCCAAAGGCGACUCUACCACUGUGAUCGGUCAUAGGUUAUCCUACUUAUCGUUGUGUGUCUCUUCGCCGCUGGCGUGGUCUACUAUUGCAGCCGACUUCUUCGUAUACUAUUCGCCCACCACUUCAAAGAGGGCCUUGUUCAUCUCGACCUACCUCGGAAACAUCAUCGCCUUCUCCUUCGCCUACCUCAUCGGCGUCGGCCUCGCAAGUGGCGUUGCGCAAAAUCCGGAUUGGGCGACAGCCUACGAUGAAUCGCAAGGAGCACUCAUUCUCGCCGGAUUCAAUGGCCUCCGCACGUUUGGUUCGAUCUGCGGCGUCAUAAUCGCACUUGGUGUAAUUGCAGACCAAAUCGCAGCAACAUACUCCUCAGCACUAGUUCUUCAGAUGCUCGAUCGUCGCGUUGGCCGAGUCCCCCGUUGGGUUCUUACCCUACUCAUCGUCGCCAUCUACACGGCCUGUGCGAUUGGUGGACGCAACUCGCUGUUCGACAUAUUUCAGAACUUUCUUGCGCUGAUGGGGUACUGGGUUUCGAUAUUCGUGUGCAUUGCAUUGGAGGAACAGGUCUUAUUUCGCACCGCACGUAUCAAACGACUACGGUCUCGUAAUCCGGAACUAGAGCAUGAAGAUGAUGGCUUUGACUGGGACGUCUGGCAUGACUGGAAAAGCGUACCAGCCGGACUUGCUGCCUUCGCCUCAUUCUUGAUCGGUUGGGUAGGAGCGAUAGUGAGCAUGGACCAGGCAUGGUAUGUCGGACCUGUUGCAAAGUUGGUAGGUAAAGAUGGUGCGGAUCUGGGACUGUGGGUUGCUACUGGCUUCACGUUGCUUACUUUCCCACCAUUGAGAUAUCUAGAACUGAAAAAGCUGGGGCGGUAGUCAAAAAACUUCCCAUUUGAUAUCAUUCUCAGGAGCCUUUGGAAUAGCUCUGAACAAUCAAUUUGUCUAGCAGAUUCUCUACCAAUGGGGA